AUGAGUCAGCGACACGUUUUACAAGUGUUUGAGCAAUACCAGAAAGCAAGAACACAGUUUGUCCAGACUGUUGCUGAGCUUGCAACCAGGCCACAAAACAUUGAAACUCUACAGAAUGCAGGUGUAAUGUCCCUUCUGAGGCCUCUUCUGUUGGAUGUUGUCCCAACUAUUCAGCAGACAGCAGCUCUGGCUCUUGGAAGGCUUGCCAACUAUAACGAUGACCUGGCUGAGGCAGUUGUAAAGGGAGACAUUCUGCCUCAGCUUGUGUAUUCCCUGGCUGAGCAGAAUCGCUUUUACAAGAAGGCAGCAGCAUUUGUUCUGCGGGCUGUCGCCAAGCACUCCCCAGAGCUGGCCCAGGCUGUUGUGGAUUGUGGGGCGUUGGAUGCUCUGGUCACCUCCCUGGAGGAGUUUGAUCCAGGGGUUAAAGAGGCUGCUGCGUGGGCGCUUGGCUACAUCGCUCGACAUAACGGACAGCUGUCACAGGCAGUGGUAGAUGCUGGGGCAGUUCCUCUGUUGGUGCUCUGUAUUCAGGAACCUGAGAUCGCCCUGAAGAGGAUAGCUGCCUCCGCACUCAGUGACAUUGCUAAGCACUCUCCAGAACUGGCCCAGACUGUGGUGGACACAGGAGCCGUUGCCCAUCUGGCACAGAUGAUCCUGAAUCCAGACGCCAAACUUAAGAGACAAGUGUUUUCUGCCCUGAGCCAAAUCUCAAAGCAUUCCGUGGACCUGGCAGAAAUGGUUGUGGAGGCUGAAAUCUUCCCGGCUGUACUGGUUUGCCUCAAGGAUCCAGAUGAGUAUGUGAGGAAGAACGUCACCACUCUGAUGCGUGAGAUCACAAAGCAUACCCCUGAGUUGUCCCAGAUGAUAGUGAAUGCAGGCGGCAUAGCAGCUGUGGUUGACUACCUUGGGGACUCAAAGGGGAGUGUACGCUUGCCUGGGAUAAUGAUGCUGGGAUAUGUGGCAGCUCAUUCAGAGAACCUUGCCAUGGCUGUCAUUGUGUCUAAGGGGGUGCCACAGCUGGCCAUCUGCUUGGUGGAUGAGCCAGAGGAUCACAUCAAGGCAGCCACAGCCUGGUCGUUGGGACAGAUAGGUCGGCAUACUCCAGAGCACGCACGGGCAGUGGCUGUGGCCAAUGUUCUGCCCAAACUGCUCGGUCUCUAUCUGGACACAGAGAGUUCAGAGGACCUGCAGGUCAAGGCUAAGAAGGCCUUGAAGAGCAUUCUUCAGAAGUGCACUUAUCUACCUGCCCUGGAGCCACUGCUGUACGAAGCACCGAGUAACAUCCUUAAACACGUGAUCUGCCAGUUCAGCAAGGUCCUGCCACACGACAGCAAAGCACGACGGCUGUUUGUCACCAGCGGGGGUCUAAAGAAAGUGCAGGAGAUCAAAGCAGAACCCGGCUCAGCGAUUCAAGAGUACAUUAACGCCAUAAACAACUGCUACCCUGAGGAGAUAGUCAGGUACUAUUCCCCUGGAUAUUCAGAGGCCCUGCUGGAGAGGGUGGAAACCUAUCAGCCGGUCUAA